AAAAAAAUUACAUCAAAAAUAAUUUAUAAAGAAAUUAUCCACUACUGUAUAAAAGAAGAAAGAGAAGAAGGAAAAUGGAAAUACCAAUUGGCAUUGGUUUGUAAAUUGUGGUUUAGUGUAAUAAAGAAAUUAGUUAACCAUUUUGUAGUAAAUGAUUUCAAAAGUUUAGAGUAUUUAGAAAAAAGAUUAAUAAUUAUUCACGAGCAACAAGAGGGCCAAAAAAGAUUAGACCGUUUUAACCACUAUUUUACAAGCAACAAUAUGAUUUACACUCAUCGUAAUAACAACUAUUUUUCAAUUUUAAAUGGAAUAACUAAAUUAAUUUUUAAAGAUUUAGACAAUAAUUUAAUAAUUUAUAGUAACAAUAACAAUAGUAAUAAUAAUAAUAAUGAUAGUUAUUAUAAAAUAAUAUCAUCAAUAAGAGAACUAAUAAAAAAUAUUUCAAGUAUAAAACAAAUUAAAUUUUUAUUAUCAGAUACAUUUUUUGUAGAAUUGCAACCAUCAAGUUUUUAUCUAGAAAGUUUAAAAAUAAAAUCAUCAAAUAAAAUUACAUUUCCUUUAGAGAGUGUAGCAGAAACAUUAUUAAAAUCAAUAAAUUUAAAAACAGUAUCACUAAAUUCAUUUUGUUAUUGCUCAAAUCCAAUGGUUUUCCUAGGCGCUUUAAUCAAGUCUAAAGUCCAGAACUUUAAUUUGAAGAUCGAUAGUCAUGGUAACCUUUCAAUUGACCACUUACUAGAGAAGAACUUUUCAUCUUUUAAAAUAUCAGGUGCCAAAUUAUAUUUGGAAAGAUUUAAUAUGGUGAUUAAUCAACCAUCCAUUGAAUAUAUAGAUUCUCCUUUACACUUUAUGGAAAAUGAACCAAUGGAAAAUAUUAUUACAUUUUGUGAUAAUUUAAAAAAUAAUAAAACCAUUAGAAAACUCAGCAUUUCUGGGGAUAUAGGGUUACCACUUUCAAGUACAAUUUCAAGACUUUUUUCAAAUGUGUUUUCCUUCAAUCAAACCAUUACCUCUUUAAGCAUUAGCAAAUUAAAGAUUAUUUCAGAAGGCUUCUUUCAAUCAUUAAUCAAACACCCAACUUUAACCCAAUUAGAACUUACUGAUGGCUGUAUAGAUGAAUCUUUAUUAAUCAGUUUAUCAAAUUUACUCUGUGAACCAUCAAAAACAAAAAUCGAAUACUUAUCAAUAAGAAAUAAUAAUAUUUCAGAUAUUAAUUCAAGUAUAUAUAUGAUAUUCCUAAAGAGUACAACAUUAAAAGGAAUAGAUUUAUCAAAUAAUAACUUCACUGUUCACCAAACGGGCAAAAUGUUUGAAGCACUCUCCAACAAUGAUUAUAUUUACAAAUUGGAUUUUUCAAAUAGCUGCAAUUUUUCAACCAAUCACUUAGUUAAAUCAUUAAAUAAUUAUAUAAACAAUAGUAAAAAAUUACUUGCCAUUAAUUUAUAUAAUUGUUAUUUAAUAAAUCAAAAAAACAAC